UUAGCAUUAGCUGUAUUAUCCAUUAUAAGCGCUUACACAGACCAUCUGUUAGCAUUAGCAUUAGCUGUAUUAUCCAUCUCUCAGAUUUCCACUGUUCACACACUUUUCCUGACCUUUAACUACAGACUUCUUUCCCUCACGGGUUCAUUUUCAGAAUGUUUCCACAGGAAAACACCACAUAUUUCAGUGGGAGGUGACGUUGUGUGAUUCAGCAUUUGUCGGAUGAAUUUUUUAUUUUUUUUCCCAUCUCAGAUAACAGAAGAAAAGGGAAAACGAAACCCCCAUGACAGUGGGUGAACACAGUCAGUGGUGUGUGACAUUCAGCUCAUCCACCUCCGGACUGAUGCUGUUCACUUACUUUUCUUUCUUUCUUUUUUUGUUUUUUUUUUUUUGCUGUGCACUUCCUCUGUUUACUUCCCCUCAAACUCAAACACACUCAGUCUCAGUCGGACUUUGACGCACGAUGGAAACACUAGAGCUGCCUGUCCUCUGACUCCACCACUAUGAGUAAGCAGGACAAGAUGGAGCCCAAAUAUGAUCAUGGACUGGAUCUGCUGCUGGCUCACAUGAACAUAGAGGACAUCAUCAGCGCUGCAGAGACACUGUAUCAGCUGGAGGAGGAAGAGGAGGAGGAGGAAGAGGAGGAGGAGGAGCACAGUCUGUCCCAGGAAAGGAUGGAUGAGAACGAGGAGGGUGGGGCCCUGCUGGAGGGCUCAGGGGGAGGGGCCCAGGACCCUGGAGGCGGAGCCGGAGGGGUCCGCUACGGGACGGUGACGGAGCUGCUGUCCUUCGUCAACCUGCUGUCCAGUACGGAGAUGGCAACCCUGCAACAGCUGAACCAGGAGAUGGGAGUCCUGCUCAACCAGAAGUUCAUGGCUGUAAAAAAAGGACGCUACCAGGUGAACACGGACGUGCUCCUGUUUCCAUGGAAACUGACCUACAAGAGUCCCGGCUGUGGCCUCAUCCCCAAAGGCUCGUUUGGAAAAGUCCACCUGGCCCAGGACACGUCCACCAGGAAGAGGAUGGCAUGUAAACUGAUCCCUGUCGAGAACUUCAAAGCGGCCGACGUGGAGUUCCAGGCGCGUUUCCGUCACGAGAACAUCGCGGAGCUGUACGGCGUCGUGCUGUGGGAUCAGAAGGUCCACCUGUUCAUGGAGGCGGGGGAGGGCGGUUCGGUUCUGGAGAAACUGGACAGCUGUGGACCCAUGAGGGAGUUCGAGAUCAUCUGGGUCACCAAGCAGGUCCUGAGGGGUCUGGAGUACCUGCACUCACACAACGUCAUCCACCACGACGUCAAACCCAGUAACAUGGUCCUGAUGUCAGACAAAGCGGUGCUGGUGGACUUUGGUUUGACGGUGCAGAUGACAGAUGACGUCUACCAUCCAAGAGACCUGAGAGGAACUGAGAUGUACAUGAGUCCAGAGGUGGUUCUGUGUCGAGGUCAUGACACCAAAGCUGACAUCUACAGCCUGGGCACCAGCAUCAUCCACAUGCAGACCGGAAACCCCCCCUGGGUGACGCGCUACCCCCGCACCGCCUACCCAUCAUACCUGUACAUCAUCCAUAAACAGGCUCCGCCCCUGGAGGACAUUGCGGACGACUGCAGCCCGGCCAUGCGCUCCUUCCUGGGUCGGGCCCUGGAGAGGAACCCGGUCCUGCGGAGUUCAGCCUCAGAGCUGCUGAAGGACGAGGCCGUCAACCCCCCCAGGGAAGAACAGCCCCGCUGCUGGAGCCUGGACUCAGCCCUGGGGGGGGACGCCACACACCCCCCCCUACGCCAGCACAGCCAGCACCAGGACACCACACAGGGUAAGGACCAGGACCAGUACCACAGGACCCAAAGGGACCCAGACCCCAUUAGAGUCCAUCUGACAGAAGGGGGGGGUCAACUGGGUCAAAACCAGUACAAGAACAACAGGGAGAAAAACGAAAAGGUUUACAAAAGUUUCCUUAAAAAUGUGACAAACAUGAACAAACUGGCAUUUAUUAAGAAAACUAAGUGUAACUGGACCAGUGUUCAGCUUCAGUUUGUCAUUUAUUCAUGUUCGUUCGAUCGUACAGAUCCAGUGGAUCUACAAAUACAGAAAACAAAGAAAAAAAACAGAACUAACUGCAACUGUAUUGUGUGUUUACAAAACUAACUAAAACGGAUAAAAAUUAUGGACAAAAUUCCCUUCGUUUUCAGCUUUUGUCAAUGUCGGAUUGAUAUGAAAUCGAUUUAUUUCGCUCUAUCAGUUUUCUCUGCUGUCACCAUAUGACACUUCACAAGCCAUCACUGGGUUUCCAACACUAACGAAAUGACCAAAACUACAAUUGAAAAAAACAUUUUCGUUUCCUGAAAUAAAUUAAAACUAUAAUUGAAAGAUAAAAACAAGAAAAAAAAAUCUUGAAU